GAAAAUAUGCAGAAAGCUGCUGCUCUCCGUUACUUCGUGUGUGGGACAUGCACGUUCUUUGCUCCUCAGUAAACGAUUUCUUCCGCUCCUAAAGGAUUUGGAUCGUACUUUUGUCAUGGAUACAUGGGGGCGGGAAUGCAGAUAGGAAUUUCAGGGCAUGAGGCAGCACAUGUUUUGCGAAAACCACAGAAAGGAAGGUACUGCUGUGCUGAUUAGAUUUAUAAACCACAGAGCUAUGAUUUAGCUGGGUCAAGCCAGAGCCGGGAGUCCGUGAUGAGCAGCAACCAGGGGCGGAGCUUAAUCAACCCUCUUGUUCAAAGUAAGAUGGAAGGAGCCGUUGGCACUGCGGUCCCUCCGGCGCUCCGGAAAACAGAUAGCCUCCCACACUAUUCCCACGACAAAGCUUUACCGAUCGGUAGGGGCUACUUUUCUUACUCCCUCAGUGGACAAGAUCCUCUAGACUUUAAUGCUCUGUGGGACUCAUCUAAGACCUGUGUAAGAAAUGGAUCAAGCCCAGGGAUUCACCCAUCGGCCACCGAGGGGUCAAUUACAAUACCCGGCAUUUACAGGCCCGAAAAUGUGUCUUUCCCUGUGGAUGGUGGUGGCCGCUCUGCUGAACCGCAAAGGUUGGCCUAUUAUGCCUGCAGUCCUCAACAUCACAGUCCCAGACAUCACAGUCCCAGACAUCACAGUCCCAGACAUCACAGUCCCGCUGCUGGGGUCAUCUCGCCAGUGGCUGUUCCAAAUAGCCGCAUUGUAUCUUCAACAGAUGCAGAGGGCUGUGUCGGAUUGGCUGUUCCAAAACCAGUGUACGGUCAUAGCCCCUGCUGCACAGAGCGUGGAUGCGCUCAUAACUACGGCGUGGAACACGGCGCGCAUAGGAUGUCCCCUCGCAUAUAUGAUGACGAAUGGGCUGCACAUUUUAGUCGCCUGGCGUACUUGCAUAAAAAGGGCCAGGAGGCAUUGGCACAGCAGAGGGCUUUGCAGUUAGAGCGUGGUGCGGAGGGAAUACCUUUAGAGGAUGGAAAGACUGAUGGUUACCAUGGUAUCAGAACAAAUGGUCCUGGGAGAUCGCUUCCUUUAAUGGAACCAAGCCACAGCGGCUAUACAUACAACACCGCACAUCCAUAUAUCGCCACAUCGGAGUACUGUCAGCGUGCCCCAAUCCCCUUACAAAUACACAGAGGUCUCCCCGCUGCUUAUGACCCGAGGACAUUGACGCAUCGUGGCGUCCCUCCUAAGGUAUAUCCGGAUCGUCCUUACGUUCCUAAAUACACACAGAUACCUCCCUGUUCCAGUGUGUACUAUGAGGCGUAUCGAGCCGAUCCCAAUGCUGUUACAGCCGAACUUGCUCAGCAUAAUCACAUGCCUCAGUUUCAUUCACCCCAGCCUGAUCUGUCCAAUUUGUCAACAUCAUGCUCUGUUGUUCCCCCACACCAUCCACUGAUCACAAAAUUCCCAACCUACCAUCCAUACAGAGUGAGAUUAAAUACUAACCAGGCACCCCUGCAUGAGAGGCCUUUAUCCAUACAUCAAUCUGAGCGACCACUUGAUUUCUCCCUACGAAGGGUGCAGACACCUGACUCCCCUCAGGAGCUUUGUAGACAGUCUGGAACUCCUGGGGCUUUCCACCCCACGCUGGCCAACUACAGACGUCCUAACAGCGCAGCUGCUGAGAGACCUUUUGACUAUUCUGAGGUGGCUGGAACCGGCUUCCUUGCAAACGGCUGUAAAGAACUCGCCACUAUUCCAAAAUCUUAUGAAAAUGAACACAGGCAUUGUGGUUCACCCAAUAAAGAUUCGCUACCUAAAAGACACAGAGACGAAAGUGAUAAUGGUACUGAAAUUGACGUACCGGUUAAAAAGCUAAAGAUUGUAGCAACAGAGCAAGCAGAUGAGUCACCCUCCUGCCCACCAAUGCCAGUCAUUAAUAAAGUUUUCAGUUUGGCUCCUUAUAAAAUGUAUUUUGAAGCGACAGGAAUGUUGUCUCCGCAGGAGAAUUCAGAAAGCCCACAGCCUGAGCCAGCACGGCUUAAAAAAGAACCAGAUAUUCAAAGUAGAGAUCAAAAAGCAAAUUCAUGUGAAAAUGAUCUCGGCCCAAAACAAGAAGCGAUGCCAGCUACCAGUAACGGUCAGGCUGAAACGGAAGAGACCAUAAAGAUCAAAAAAGAAAAACUGGAUCCAGAUGAAACGGCUUAUCAGUCGGAAAUGAAAGUGUGCGUCAUUGAGGAGAUGAAUAACACUGUUUCGGUCAAAGAAGAGCAGGGGGAGUUGGAAGAAAGUAUUUCUGGCUCUGUGCCUGAUAACAUUGUGAUAAAGAAUGAUCUGAACAGCGAUCCGCCCUUAGAAGAAAAGUCUGAAUCUUGUAAGACAGAGAAUGCCGUGAAAGAAUCUGAAGUUCCUACAUUGCCCCCUCCAUUAACUAAAUACUCCCUCUAUAAAAUCCCACCUCAUUGCCUUAAAUUGUCCAAUUUUAAGAUAGUCAUCCCCGAAAUCCUAAGAACUCCCACAACCCAACCUGUCGACGUUCCUCAAUCUCCCGUGGAGGUCAAGCCCAUCAUAAGCAGCAGCAAACAAGCCCGUCACCAGUUUAUGGAGCUUCACCAGUCCCUCUGUAGACUUAUACACAGUUUUGUUACUCACACCCGCUGUCAAGAGCUCAAGGACUGGUUAUGCAAACUGGACCUUAAAGAGUCGUCCUCUCAUCCAAGCAAACCCCAGAAAGUGUCUUGCCUCCUAGGAUUGAAAAUAAGGGAAGAGUGGCUGAAAAGUGAGGAGACGGUGAUGGCUCUUCAAAAGGUGGUCUGCCAGCUUCAGAAGUACAUCGAAAGUCGUGAAUGUCCCUUUCCUCAUGUCAUGAGGGCAGGCGCUGUGUUCAUUCCAAUGCUGGUGGUGAAAGAGGUUCUGUUUCCUCAGGUUCAGGGGACUUUCAUAGAUCAGGUCCUCCAAGAGCAUCGGGUGGAGCUCAGGCCUACCACCUUGUCAGAGGAGAGACAGCUGACUCAGCUUCACAAAAAAGCCUUUUCUUCUAAACUCAGGAGGCUCUUGUCUCUUAAACACCUGCCAGAUAUCUAUCCUGAUGUUCUCAACCUUCUUUACCACGUCAACGUCUGCAAGUUCCUUGAUUCCACUGCUACAGAUGGUGUCCAAAAAUUGCCAAGGAGCAAAAACCAGCUUGACAUUCACGAGAGAGAGUACGGACAGCUCAGAUGACUCUACUAGUCGUGUGAACGGCCCAGAUGAAUUCUACCUCAAGUCCUUUACAGCACCCACAUCUGAAACCACAUUUUUAGAGAAUCCAGAAUCCACAAUUUGCCUGACAAAG